AUGCUCCGUCGCCAUCUUUCUCUGGCCACAGUUGGAGUGGCAACCGCGCUCGGCGUUGCUGCGUCCAGGCGUUGCCUGCACUACGCUCCACGCGUCAGGGAUGUUCAGUUCCUCAUGGAAGAUGUAUUUAACAUGUACCCGCACUACGAAAAGCUGGGACGGGCUGACGUAAACAAGGAGCUCUUUGAUGCCCUACUCGAGGAGGCCUCAAAGUUGGCCACGCACACACUUCUCCCGCUUUACACCUCCUCCGAUGAUGAGGGGUGCCAUCUGCUGAAGGAUGGAACGGUAACAACGCCCAAAGGCUUUAAGGAGGCGUACGAGGCCUACAAGAGUGGCGGCUGGGUUGGCAUUUCACUCCCCGAGGAGUACGGUGGGCAAGGUCUGCCAGGAUCCGUUGGUUUCACCCUGCGAGAGUUGCUCGCAACCGCGAACUGGCCCUUUGCGAUGUACUCUGGCCUAAGCAUGGGAGCCGCGAACACGCUUCUGGCGUGGGGGAGCGAGGAGCAGAACAAGACGUACCUCACCAAGCUUGUCAGUGGGGAGUGGACCGGUACCAUGUGCCUCACCGAGCCGCAGUGCGGCACGGAUCUGGCGCAAGUGAAGACGAAGGCAGAACCGUGUGGCGAUGGCACCUAUAAGCUGCGGGGGACAAAGAUUUUUAUCUCCGCCGGCGAUCAUGACAUGACGGAGAAUAUUGUUCACGUUGUCUUGGCAAGGCUGCCGGAUUCCGUGCCCACGACAAAAGGCAUUUCGCUUUUCCUGGUGCCACGUAAUCUAGUAAAGCCAGAUGGUUCACUGGAUAAGAAGAAAAAUGUUCAGUGUGUGGGGUUGGAGUCCAAGAUGGGAAUUAAGGGGAGCGCCACGGCGCAGCUGAGCUUUGAAGACUCGGUGGGCUACCUUAUUGGUAAGCCCAACGAGGGGAUGAAGGAAAUGUUCACGUUCAUGAAUACGGCCCGCGUGGGAACAUCGCUGCAGGGUGUUUGCCACGCUGAGCUUGCGUUUCAGAAUGCGCUGAAGUACGCCCGCGAGCGUGGCUCCCAGCGUUCUCUCAGCGGGGUAAAGUGCCCUGACAGGCCCAACGAUCCCCUUGUGUGGCAUCCAAACGUCCGCCAGAAUAUCCUGUUUGCAAAGGCCAUUGCCGAGGGAGGUCGUGCCUUCUUAAUGGAUGUGGAUCGUCUGCUUGACAUUCAGGAGGUCACCAAGGACGCGGCAACGCGGAAUGCACUGGAGCACGAGAUUGGCUUCUACACACCCAUCGCCAAGGGGUGCCUGACGGAAUGGGGCCUGGAGGCCUCCUCGCGUUGCCUGCAGGUGUGGGGUGGACAUGGCUACAUUAAGGGUAACGGCAUGGAACAGAUUCUUCGUGACGCGCGUAUUGCGACGCUGUAUGAGGGCACCACAGGAAUUCAGUCCCUGGACUUUAUUGGUCGCAAGGUGCUGCGCUCUAAGACGGACGAGGUCUCUCGCGUCGGUGGCAAGGUGAAUGCGCUUGCGCGGUCGCACUUCUUCUUGCGUGGUCCCAUUGGCAAAUUCUCACGGCGGCUGUGGACGUUCCAGAAGCAGUGGCGCCUGGCCAUCACCAGGGUGAAGAUGGGGGCGCUGAGCGACAUCGACUCCGUCGGCGCCGCGUCGGAGGAUAUGCUGAUGUGCACCGGCUACCUCUUGCUGGGCUACUACUGGCUGCGCAUGGCCAUCGCCGCGCAGAAGAAGGUUGCCGCCGGCCAGGACCCGGAUGGCUUCUACCAAUGCAAGCUGGACCUUUGCGCGUUCUUCUUCCAGAACAUCCUCCCACGCGCGGACACGCACUUUCAAGUCUUGCAGGCCGGCUCCGACAUCGUGAAGAGCAACGAGGCGGCGUGGGACCUCGCGUAA